AAGAAAGAGGGGCCGAAGAGGGUAGGGGACUGCAGUCCGAGAGGAGAUUUGGGGAGGUAGGACCCUAAACGUCGGAACGUGGGACCGGCGGAUAAAAAGCCUAGAGACUGGCAGGACCUGCCGCCGGCACCGGGAGCGCAUACAUUUAUUUGGGGUGAAGGAGGGAAAAGCGGAGCAGGAGGGGGAGGAAGAGAGUUCAAGCCGAAGCGGAUGGAAGGGGACCCAGGUUGCUGCCGCGCGGGGAGCCCCGAGCCUGGGCGAUGGCGCUAGGGACUGCGCGGGGCCGCUGCGCGCCCGAAAACGCGUCUGCUCGCCCUGGACUAGCCGGCGUCGCGAAGGUCUGCGCGGAGAGGAACCAACUUGUGGCUCUAAAAUGUACCCGACGCAGCUGGGAAUGAGAUCAAAACUGCAGUUUCAUUCGCGAAGGAUAAGAGGAGCCAGCGAUUAAGAUUUUUUUUUUAACCGCCUUCGUUCCGUUUUCCAUUUUCUUUUCCCUUUUCUAAUUAUUCUUUUUAAUUUGUCUAACGCCCCGCCGGUCCCCUCACCUCGCCCUCCCCAUUUGAAAUAAAAGCCCAAUUUGAACUUAUUUCGCCGAGGCGCCUCCGGAUCCGCUGCGCGCUGAUGGAGGAGAAGGGGACCCGGGGGCUGGCAGGGGCCACCGGCGAGGGACCGCGUCACGCGUCUCCCCCGUGAUCCGGCCUUGCUCGCGGAGUUCUGCAACACCUGGAGGAGCUGGACCGGGUGCCGGGGUGGGGGCGGGGACAGAGGAGAGGAGAGCCACCCAUAGCCUUAAAAAAAAAAGAAAAGAAAAGAAAAAGUAGCGGAUGGGGGGGGGGUGGGUGGGAGAGGAAUGGGUUUCUUCUUGACAGCUGACGGAGCCUUGAAAUUUUCCUCCACUACCUCCGCCCCCGCCCCCCGCACUCCAUUUAACGUGAGAUUAUGAAAUUGCAGAGGCGGUAGAGAGAAGGAGACAGGAUAUAGCAGGGAGUUUGGAGGGAGAGGGGAAGGUGGCUGGCCGGGUGGCUGAAAUCAAAAAUCCAAUUGCGCACUGGGUUGUGAUGAGAAAUCUAAUCAGAUCUUUGGAGAAGGGGCCGGCCAGAAGGGUGGCGAGUGGGGGGAGUUGAUCCCCAAAUUCCUCGAAGGGGGGUGAUCGGGGAGAGGAAUCCAAGAUGUAAAAUGAGACUUUUUGGUGGCGGUGGCGGUGGCGGUUGGGUACCUUGCAAAAAUGAAGGAUGCGGGACGCAGCUCUCUUUUGGAAUGGAACGCGGUGGAUAAACUGAUUGUUCAAGAAAGAAGAAGGAAGCUUUUUCCCGUGAGACCUGGAUCUUAACACAAAUGUGUCUAUGUGCAUACAGGGAGAAUUGAAAAAUGAAAUAAACCAGUGUCAGACCCGCGGGGGUUGGUGUGUUCUGACAUAAAUAAAUAAUAAAACAGCUGCCCCCCCCUCCCCAAAAGGAUGAUUGGAAAUGGAGAGCGGAGGAUCCACAAAGAAAAAGUAUGUUCAUUUUUCUCUAAGGGAGAAAGUAAGCCAAGGAGAUAAUUUGUGGAAUGAAAAGUUUGGGGCUUUUUUAGGAAAGUAAAGACCUGAUACGGUGGUGUUUUCUUUUCUUUUUGAAUUUCCCACAAGAGAGGAAAUUAAUAAUACAUCUGCAAAGAAAUUUCACAGAAGAAAAGUUGACCGCGGUAGAAUGAGGCAUUGAUUGGGUCAAAGAAACCAGCAGAGCACAGUUGGAUUUGUGCCUAUGUUGACUAAAAUUGACGGAUAAUUGCAGCUGGAUUUGUCUUCAUCAACCUCCUCCUCUCCCCCCCCCUCUUUUUUUUUUUUUUUUUUUUUUUGGUGUCAAGAUCAUGCGUGUUUGCUAGUUCUUAACCACCUGGAUUCCCAUCCGGAUGUUGCUGUGCUCAGUCUAAAAUACAACAAUUUGAACUCCAAAAGGACCAACACCAGAUAAAUUAUGAAUGUUGAACAAGAUGACCUUACAUCCACAGCAGAUAAUGAUAGGUCCUAGGUUUAACAGGGCCCUAUUUGACCCCCUGCUUGUGGUGCUGCUGGCUCUUCAACUUCUUGUGGUGGCUGGUCUGGUUCGGGCUCAAACCUGCCCUUCCGUCUGUUCCUGCAGCAAUCAGUUCAGCAAGGUGAUCUGUGUUAGGAAGAACCUACGUGAGGUUCCAGAUGGCAUCUCUACCAACACAAGGCUGCUGAACCUCCAUGAGAACCAAAUCCAGAUCAUCAAAGUGAACAGCUUCAAGCACUUGAGGCACCUGGAGAUCUUACAGUUGAGUAGGAAUCAUAUUAGAACAAUUGAGAUUGGGGCCUUCAAUGGUCUGGCCAACCUCAACACUUUGGAACUCUUUGACAAUCGUCUUACGACCAUCCCAAAUGGAGCUUUUGUAUAUUUGUCUAAACUGAAGGAGCUGUGGUUGCGAAACAACCCUAUUGAAAGCAUCCCUUCUUAUGCUUUUAACAGAAUCCCUUCUUUGCGCCGACUAGACUUAGGGGAAUUGAAAAGGCUUUCAUACAUCUCAGAAGGUGCCUUUGAAGGUCUGUCCAACUUGAGGUAUUUGAACCUUGCCAUGUGCAACCUCCGGGAAAUCCCUAACCUCACACCGCUCAUAAAACUAGAUGAGCUGGAUCUUUCUGGGAAUCACUUAUCUGCUAUCAGGCCUGGCUCCUUCCAGGGGUUGAUGCACCUUCAAAAACUUUGGAUGAUACAAUCCCAGAUUCAAGUGAUUGAACGGAAUGCCUUUGAUAACCUUCAGUCACUAGUGGAGAUAAACCUGGCACACAACAAUCUAACGUUACUGCCUCAUGACCUCUUCACACCUUUGCAUCAUCUAGAGAGGAUACACUUACAUCACAACCCUUGGAACUGUAACUGUGAUAUACUUUGGCUCAGCUGGUGGAUAAAAGACAUGGCUCCCUCCAACACAGCUUGCUGUGCACGGUGUAACACUCCUCCCAAUCUGAAAGGGAGAUACAUUGGGGAGCUCGACCAGAAUUAUUUCACCUGCUAUGCUCCUGUGAUUGUGGAGCCCCCGGCCGACCUCAAUGUCACCGAAGGCAUGGCAGCCGAACUGAAAUGUCGCGCCUCCACUUCCCUGACCUCCGUGUCUUGGAUUACUCCCAACGGAACGGUCAUGACACAUGGGGCAUACAAAGUGCGGAUAGCUGUGCUCAGCGAUGGCACGUUAAAUUUCACGAAUGUUACUGUGCAAGAUACAGGCAUGUACACAUGUAUGGUGAGUAAUUCUGUUGGAAAUACCACGGCUUCAGCCACCUUGAAUGUUACUGCAGCAACCACUACUCCCUUCUCUUACUUUUCAACCGUCACAGUAGAGACCAUGGAACCUUCUCAGGAUGAAGCACGGACCACAGACAACAAUGUGGGUCCCACGCCAGUGAUUGACUGGGAGACCACCAACGUGACCACCUCCCUCACGCCACAGAGCACAAGGUCGACAGAAAAAGCAUUCACCAUCCCAGUGACUGAUAUGAACAGUGGGAUCCCUGGAAUCGAUGAAGUCAUGAAGACGACCAAGAUCAUCAUUGGCUGUUUUGUGGCCAUCACACUCAUGGCCGCAGUGAUGCUGGUCAUUUUCUACAAGAUGAGGAAGCAGCACCAUCGACAGAAUCAUCAUGCUCCAACAAGGACUGUUGAAAUCAUUAAUGUGGAUGAUGAGAUUACAGGAGACACCCCCAUGGAAAGCCACCUGCCCAUGCCUGCUAUUGAGCAUGAGCACCUAAAUCACUAUAACUCUUACAAAUCUCCCUUCAACCACACAACAACAGUUAACACAAUAAAUUCAAUACACAGUUCAGUGCAUGAACCGUUAUUGAUCCGAAUGAACUCUAAAGACAAUGUACAAGAGACUCAAAUCUAAAACAUUUACAGAGUUACAGAAAACAAACAAUCAAAAAAAAAAGACAGUUUAUUAAAAAUGACACAAAUGACUGGGCUAAAUCUACUGUUUCAAAAAGUGUCUUUACAAAAAAAAAAACAAAAAAGAAAAGAAAUUUAUUUAUUAAAAAUUCUAUUGUGAUCUAAAGCAGACAAAAUGAUGUGUAUUCCUCAGAACCUGUUUUUGCUGCACUUACUUACUAUUUUCCCACAUCUUGUCCCUGCCAUCCCUAAUUGCCAUAUUUUUCAUAGGAGAUCUCAAUUCCCUAAAGAACUGGUCUAGGAAAUUUUGUAAGAUUUCUGUUACACUCUGAGAUUUUUAUGGUGAAUUCUAGUGGUGAGAUCUGGUCUCUUUUGUCUUUCUUUCUCUAUUUUUUCUUUUUUUCUCUUUUUUCCUCAUGCCCUUAUGAAGUAGACCAAUCGGGAAUGCAAUGUCAGAAAUAGAUUUUUAAGAGAACAAGGGAAAAAUACAAGAUCUUAUAUUUUUCAUGUAAUGAUCUGUUCUGUAUUUAUGAGGAAGACCAUUCUAUGGAAAGGGGAGGGUGGGGAUAAGAAAACAGCCGAUUAAUUUACAUAUGAGCAUCUAUAAAUCCCAUGAUCUUUUAAACAACUCUAGAACC